AUAUUGAUCCUGAUAAUAUCGAACCAAUAUCAUCCGACGAUACACAACGUGAAUCUGAAUCUGAACCUGAAGAACAACGAUUAACAACGACAAUAUCUAAUUUUAUUACAACAACCACCGCACCAAUGUAUGAUCACGAUUUAGAAUUAAUAUCAUCUGAUGAGGACGAACAUCCUUUGCGACCACAAUCACAACGAACGAUAACAUUUAAUACACCAUUAUCUAUUUUAGAACCUAAACAAAACGAACAAUUAUCAAAUGAAGAAAGGAAAAAGAUUCAUAAUAGAACCUGUACUAUUAAACAACGACACCGUUAUUAUCAAUACGAGAUAAUUUGUCGCAAUAUUGAUCGAAGAUUUUCAAUUAGUGAUAUCAAACGGAUUCUUCGACAAAACAAUAUUUUAUUUAAUCUUAUAAAUUUUUCUUCUUCAAUUAAUCGUGAUAAAACUUUAUACAUUGGCAUACGAGA